AUGCCGUCCCCCGCCACAAAGCAGCGGAAGAUCGCCAUCGUAGGUAGUCGCUCCGUUGGCAAAUCUUCACUCGCUGUUCGCUUUGUGGAUGGACACUUUGUCGAAUCCUACUACCCCACCAUCGAGAACACCUUCUCGAAGGAAAUCAGGUGGAAGAAUCAGGAUUACUCAACCGAGAUCGUCGACACAGCUGGCCAGGAUGAAUAUUCGAUUUUGAAUAGCAAACAUUUCAUCGGCAUCCACGGCUACAUGCUGGUCUACUCUGUCUCUUCCCUUGCAUCUUUCGAGAUGGUCCAGGUUAUCAGAGAUAAGAUUCUCAACCACUUGGGAACUGAUAACGUCCCCAUCUGUAUCGUUGGCAACAAGAGUGAUCUGCGCCCCGAACAACGCCAGGUCACCCCUGAGGAUGGCAAGGCCCUUGCCGAUAAGUACAAAUGCGCCUGGACUGAGGCUAGUGCUCGCUAUAACGAGAACGUCGCCAGAGCAUUUGAGCUUCUCAUCGGCGAGGUCGAGAAGUCAAAUACCCCACGGCGACCAACGAGAACGGAAAGUGUGUGGUAA